AUGUUGGCAGGAAGAGACAGAGCGAAGGAGGAAGAGGAGAGGAAGGAGGAGAAAGAGGAGGAACCCAGCAGGAACCCGGAGGUUCUGCUCCUAGAGUCCGUGGAUGACGCUCUGAGGAACCUCCUAUGCAGGCUGGGUCUGAGCCGCGCUGCCAGCAGCUUUGAGGUGGAGUGGUACGGCUCGGCUCGGACCUUCAUCCCAGACGCCUGGACCCACAGGCGGCUCCUCCUGGAGGAGCUGGAGGCCGUCAGCAGGGACAGCCGGCUGCACAGGGAGGAGGUGCUGGAGGCGGAGCAGAUAUUGGUCAGAAUGCAGAGCGAGAUCCGUUUCUGUCGGCUGCAGCAGCAGAAGGUCUUGGAGCAGAAAAGGAGUCUCCUUAGCGAACGCAGGCAGCUGCAGGAACAUCUGGAGAACUCCCAGGAGGCGCUGAGGCAGCUGGAGGAGAAACACCAGGCAGCUCUGAGGAGCAAAGCUCUCCUCGCCUUACAGAGACAGCGAAUCCAGAACCUUCCAGAACCGGAUCCCAUCCAGGAGAAACCCAACGAGAAGCUUCCACCAAAGAGCUUCUGCAGACGGACAGAAAAACAUCAGCAGGCUGUGGAGCCCUCAGGAGCCUCCAGCAGAAACCAGCCUCCAGUUGUCCAGCUCCACUACGGACCAGCAGCAGCUGGGAGCUGUGGGUUCUGCCUGGAGCAGAGAGAAGGUAUUUUAGCCGCCUCCUCCAGUCCAGGACCAUGA